AUACAUGGUUUGCUCUUGCUCCCUCAACGUCUUCAUGAAAAUGCAAGAACUGAAGAAGACAAUCGCCUCCAUCUCCGACAAGACGACAUUAACGUUCUCAAAACUCUGAACUCAACUCACUGACACUGUCCAUUAAAUCAAAACCCCACCUUUUUGGAAUGAUCCAUGCUCUGCCCAAGUGCUCCACAACAAACCUUCUCAAACACUCUCUUCCAAGAACACUCCAUAGCUAUUUCUCCCUAACCCUAACAUUCCCCUUUCACUCUUCCUCUCCCCAUGGACCUCAGCCUCACCCUUCGGCUAAAAUCUUCAAAUCAGGUACCAAAAUGGGUUCUUACAAAUUGGGUGAUUUGUCUUUCUAUUCCCUCAUUCAGAACCACGCCUCAGCCCUCGAUUUUGGGUCCCUGGAAGAGGUCCUUGAUCAAAUGAAGCGCGAAAGAAGGGCUUUUGUAGAGAAGAAUUUCAUUGUUAUGUUCAAAGCUUAUGGGAAGGCCCAUUUGCCUGAGAAAGCUGUGGACUUGUUCUUCAGAAUGGGGGGUGAGUUUCAGUGUAAACAAACUGUGAAAUCAUUCAAUUCGGUUCUCAAUGUGGUUAUUCAAGAGGGUCUUUUCAAUCGUGCCUUGGAGUUUUACUCACAUGUUGUUGCAUCCAAGAGUUUUAACAUACACUCAAAUGCACUCACUUUUAACUUGGUCAUUAAGGCCAUGUGUAGGCUUGGUUUGGUUGAUCAAGCAAUUGAGGUUUUUAGAGAGAUUCCACUGCGGAAUUGUGCCCCCGAUGCAUACACGUAUUCGACCUUGAUGCAUGGGUUGUGUCAGGAGGGUAGAAUCGACGAGGCGGUUUCGCUGUUGGAUGAAAUGCAAGUUGAGGGCACCUUCCCUAACCCCGUGGCGUUUAAUGUGUUGAUCAGUGCAUUGUGCAAGAAUGGUGACUUGGCACGUGCGGCUAAGCUUGUUGAUAAUAUGUUUCUCAAGGGUUGUGUCCCGAAUGAAGUGACCUAUAAUGCACUUGUUCAUGGCUUGUGCCUAAAGGGAAAGUUGGAGAAGGCGGUGAGUAUGUUGAAUAAGAUGGUGAUGAGUAAGUGUGUGCCUAAUGAUGUUACUUUUGGAACACUUAUUAAUGGGUUUGUUAAACAAGGUAGAGCCUCUGAUGGAGCUCGUGUUUUGGUCUCCUUGGAAGAGAGAGGCCGUCGUGGGAACGAGUAUGUGUACUCGUCCCUUAUCAGCGGCCUGUGCAAGGAGGGAAAAUUCAAUCAUGCAAUGCGGUUGUGGAAGGAAAUGGUUGGAAAGGGAUGUAAACCAAAUACUGUUGUUUAUAGUGCUCUUAUUGAUGGGCUUUGCCGAGAAGGGAAGCUAGAUGAAGCAAGGGAUAUCUUAUCUGAAAUGAAGAGUAAAGGUUACUUGCCCAAUUCCUUCACUUACAGUUCCCUAAUGAGGGGUUAUUUUGAAGCAGGCAUUAGCCAUAAAGCAAUUCUUGUUUGGAAAGAGAUGGCAACCGAUAAUUGUAAUCAUAAUGAGGUUUGUUACAGUAUACUCAUUAAUGGCUUGUGCAAGGAUGGGAAGAUUGUGGAGGCUUUAAUGGUGUGGAAGCAAAUGCUGAGUAGAGGAAUUAAAUUAGAUGUUGUGGCUUACAGUUCAAUGAUUCAUGGCUUAUGUAAUGCUAACUUAAUGGAACAGGGCGUGAAACUUUUCAAUCAGAUGCUUUGUCAGGGGCCGGAGGUACAGCCGGAUGUGAUAACGUAUAACAUAAUUUUAAAUGCUUUUUGCAUGCAUAAUAACAUCUCUCGAGCCAUUGAUAUUCUAAAUAUUAUGCUAGAUCAAGGUUGUGAUCCUGAUUUUAUUACGUGCGACGUAUUCUUGAAAACUUUAAGAGAAAAUGUGAAUCCACCUCAAGAUGGUAGGGAGUUUCUAGAUGAGCUUGUAGUAAGGCUAGUUAAGAAACAGAGAACAAUAGGUGCUUCCAAAAUUAUCGAAGUGAUGCUGCAUAAAUUUUUGCUGCCUAAAGCUUCUACGUGGGCAAUGAUUGUUAAACAGCUCUGCAAACCUAAAAGUGUUCGAAAAGUCAUCAGUGAAUGUUGGAGCAAGCUAAGUUACUGAAAUCUGGUAAGAUAUGUUGUUCAAUUACAAUUUUCCUUGGAUCAUAGGAACUUUGGAUACAGGGAGCUUGAUUGAGGUCCUCAAGCCAAACGCCUUGAACUUUCAUAUAGCCGGAUGCUGUUAUACACUUCAAAUACCGACUUUUCUGCUAUCCUAUAGUCAUUUGGCCUGUGUGCAGAUGUUGGUGUGAACCAAACAGGUGACAAGUGAUUAUAAUAUCACUUAACCACUUCAGAUGUUUAAAAUAUUAAUAUUUUAAAACUUACAAUGGGGAUCAUUGUCCUGAAAGCUUAAAAUGUUCCACUAUCCAAUUGGCUAUGAUCUAUUUUUUAAUGCACCAUAUUUUGACUGAUGUAUUUGUACAGGGCUCUGUUGAAGUCAUUGGCUGUGUAAGCAUGUCACAACAUCUUAAAAUGCUAUCAGUAAAUUUAGCCACUAAACAAUUGUGUUGAAUAUGGAACUAUAUUGCAGAUUGCGUUUGUAGAAGGCAAAUGAAAGUCAAUGAUACGAUUAACAGUUGAACUAAUUAGCUGCUGGAUGCCAACACACAGAAGUGCAAUUUUCUUUUGUGGGCAUGUGCAGAAUGCAGAGUUCGUAUUUUGUUGUCUUACGUGCAAAGGAACAGAAUGAAAGACUCAUGUUUUGAUAAUGGUUGUCUAUAGGACCCAGAAUUAUCUUUCUAUGUAUGCGUAAGGGAAAUCUAAUUCAAAAUGCUCAAAACAAAUACGCAAUGUCUAUGGCCCUUCAUUCUUGAUGGUUUCUCUGUGAUCAACUUUUGAUUGCAGCUUUUCUUGUUGGUGAGCCAUAUCAUAAGUUGCAUGGAGACCAAAGAGAAAAUAGUAGAUCAGCAUUACCACUGUGCACGCUCCAAAUCUUAUGAAGGCUUCGUACUCCAAAGUCCCCAUCAGGAACACAUUUGUUGCAAUUGACAAAGAUGGCAACCAUGGGACAAGUGGAACCCCCCAAACUCUUGGCACCCUCUGCUGAGUCAAAAACAAUGACAUCCCUAGAGUUGCCAAGAACCAAACAGGAACAGUCACAGUGUAUCCAAACCAACCAUUAGGCCUCAGCCCCCAGUAGGCUGAAAUUCCCAUUGAAGAAGCAAUGAUAAGCCCCAAGAAGAUAACUAGCUUUAACAGGUUCUCCCUCGGUGUGGCCCCUCUGACGUAGUACCUCCUCACCAGAAGGGCAAUAG